UUGGAGGGGGGGGAGUGAGUUGCUGAGCUUCACUGAGACCAUAAGAAGAAACAGAGCUCCAGUAGACAAGUGCUCGAAGGAAGUACAGAGGGCCCAACAGAAUGAGCCAGGCUCUGCAUGUAAAAAGCCAACAGCAGCAGCAAGAUGAAGAAGAAGAGGAUAACGAAGAAGAUGGCAUAGUGGGAGACUCAUAUUAUGGAGAUGGAGACUCUUUCAUGGAAGGAGACCUUGACAGUGAGGAAGAAGAGGUCUUAGAUUUCACAGAUCCUUUCAGCACAGAAGUGAAGCCAAGAAUCCUGCUGAUGGGUUUACGAAGAAGCGGCAAAUCUUCAAUCCAAAAAGUGGUUUUUCAUAAAAUGUCUCCUAAUGAGACUCUUUUUUUAGAGAGCACAAACAAGAUCUGCAGGGAGGAUGUCUCGAAUAGUUCAUUUGUGAAUUUCCAGAUAUGGGACUUCCCAGGGCAAAUUGAUUUCUUCGAUCCCACGUUUGACUAUGAAAUGAUCUUUAGAGGAACCGGAGCACUAAUAUUUGUCAUUGACUCACAGGAUGAUUAUAUGGAAGCACUCGCUAGAUUACACCUCACGGUCACUAGCGCUUACAAAGUGAACCCUGAUAUUAACUUUGAGGUUUUUAUUCAUAAAGUUGAUGGGUUGUCAGAUGAUCACAAAAUAGAGACUCAAAGAGAUAUCCACCAGAGAGCAAAUGAUGACCUUACUGAUGCUGGGCUGGAGAAAAUUCACCUCAGCUUUUAUCUUACUAGUAUAUAUGACCAUUCAAUCUUUGAAGCUUUCAGCAAAGUUGUUCAAAAACUAAUCCCACAGCUUCCAACUUUAGAGAACCUGCUGAACAUUUUUAUAUCCAAUUCAGGGAUAGAGAAAGCAUUCCUUUUUGAUGUAGUCAGUAAAAUCUACAUAGCAACAGACAGCACUCCAGUGGACAUGCAGACAUACGAGCUGUGCUGCGACAUGAUUGAUGUUGUCAUUGAUAUUUCUUCCAUCUAUGGGUUGAAGGGAGCAGGUACCCCUUAUGACAAAGAGUCCCUGGCAAUCAUAAAGCUAAACAACACAACAGUUUUGUAUCUAAAAGAAGUUACAAAAUUUCUAGCUCUUGUGUGUUUUGUCAGAGAAGAAAGUUUUGAAAGAAAAGGUUUAAUAGAUUACAAUUUCCAUUGCUUUCGUAAAGCUAUUCAAGAAGUCUUUGAGGUGAGAGUGAAAGUGCUCAGAUCUCGCAAACACUUGAGUCAAAUACGAAAAAGCAGAAAUACUCCCAAUGGCACCUCAAGAGUUCCUGUCUAGGACUGAGGACACCCCCAAUGCUGCUAUGAAGUCAAGAAACCACCUUUGGGACAGAUGCAAUAGGACAUUUCUUUGACAACUGAAAUCAUUAUUUACUUAUUUCACGUAAUUGUACACAAGGGAUAUGAUGCUGGAUAAAUAUCUACCACCAGAUAGCUCCAGCUCAAACUAUUUCUAUUUGGUUCCAGAAAUCAUUGGAGAAGGAUCAGAACCUUUGUAAGGCUAUUCUUGCGGCCACCAGGAAGAUUUUGUAUGGUUUCCUGUAGAAUUGACAAAGCAGGAAUGGACUGAAAAUACUCACAAUGGAGACACAAAUCGUAGUAAAACCUGACAUGGGUUCUAAAUUUCUGUGCCAUGCACUUCUGGUUUCUGUUGGCCAAUACCUAGUUUUCUAUAUCUCCAUCAAUUAUCAGAUUAAAGUGUUAGUAAAUCCACAACAGUAAAAUCAGUGUGCAUAUGCAGUAAAGCAUGCUUGUUUUACUCACCGUGGAACCUAAGGGGUU